UUCAAAUUUUCGAUGGUUCUACACUGAAAGGGAAAUUAACUUGUAUGACCGUCUAUAAUAUACUGCUGAUUAUUGUGCCCCACGUACUCUAGCCUCUGGUGUGUAGUAGAUGAGGUUGAUUUGGAGCCACCACUUGCGAUCGAUGAUUGUGAUGUGCAAAAUGUGCGCUUCUCAUCUUCUGAAAGAAACAACAUGCAUGCUCAUUUUUAACAAAUAUCCGGCCGGCCGGCCGGCCGGCGUGUGAUCCACACAACGGUUGUGGUGCGAGCGAUGCGACCCUAGCGCACUUGCAGACAUGGACGUCUCACUCUCACCGCUUGUUGCACUGCUGCUGGUCGCUCUCCUCUCCCGGCUCAUCCUCGUCCUCGCCACAAGGACGACAAAGGGUGGUUCUCCGUCCAGUGGGGACGACGAUGGCCGGCGCCGACUGCCACCGUCGCCGCCGGGGCUUCCCCUCCUCGGCCACCUGCCCCUCCUCCUCGGCUCCCUGCCGCACCGUCGCCUCCAGGCGAUGGCGGCCUCGCACGGCUCGGUCGUGCUCCUGCGCAUGGGCCGCGUGCCCACGGUGGUGGCCUCCUCGGCGGCCGCGGCGCAGGAGGUCAUGAAGGUCCGCGACCUGGCCUACGCGAGCCGCCCCAGGCUACGCAUGGCGGAGCGCCUCCUGUACGGCCGCGACAUGGCCUUCGCCCCCUACGGAGAGCGCUGGCGCCAGGCGCGCCGCGUCUCCGUGCUCCACCUCCUCAGCCACCGCCGCGUCCUCUUCUUCCGCCGCGCGCGGGAGCAGGAGGCCGCCGCGAUGGUCGCCCGCGUCAGCCGCACCCGCGCCGCCGCCGCCGCCGUCAACCUCAACGCCGCCCUCAUAUCCUACAGCAGCGGCAUCAUCUCCCGCGCCGCGCUCGGCGUCGCCGACGUCCGGACCUACGGGCUCGACGGAGGCGGCGGCGCCGCCGGCGAGAAUCUCACGAAGCUGUUCGACGACUUCGAGGCGCUGCUUGGGACGGUGACCGUGGGGGAGCUGCUGCCGUGGCUGGCGUGGGUCGACACGCUGACGGGCCUACACGCCAAAGCGGCGCGCACGUCCGCGGAGAUGGACGCCUUCCUCGAGCGGGUCAUUGCGGACCACCGCCAGAGGCGCCGUGCCGGACGACACCGUGAAGGUGGUGAUGGCGAUGAUCACCGGGACUUCGUCGACGUGCUCUUGGACGUGAACGAGGCGGAGCACGAUGGCGACGACGCUCGUGGAGUCCUGUUUGACGACGACUCCAUCAAGGGCAUUAUCUUGAACAUGUUUUCCGCCGCCACGGACACGACGUACACGACGCUGGUAUGGGCCAUGGCGGAGCUCAUCAACCACCCGGACGAGAUUCGCAGGCUCCAGGACGAGAUCCGAGCGGCCGUCGCCGGCGGCGGCGGCGUCACCGAGGACCACCUCGAGCAGCUGCGCUACCACAGGCGCGUCAUCAAGGAGACGCUCCGGCUGCACGCGCCGGUGCCGCUCCUGCUGCCCCGCGAGACGACGGAGGACACGGAGCUCCUUGGCUACCGCGUCCCGGCGCGCACCCGCGUCCUUGUCAACGCCUGGGCCAUCGCGCGGGACCCUGCGGCGUGGGAGCGCGCGGACGAGUUCUUGCCGGAGCGCUUCGCGGACGACGACAUGAAGGCGACGGACUACCUGCUCGGCCAUCACUUCAGGUUCGUGCCGUUCGGCGCGGGGAGGAGAGGGUGCCCUGGUGUCGGGUUCGCCGCGCCGGCCAUGGAGCUGGCGCUGGCGAGCCUACUGUACCACUUUGACUGGGAGCUGCCGGCCGGCGGGCCGUCCAAGGUAGAGAUGGACGAGCUCAAGGGUCUUUCGGUGCGGCUCAAGACGACCUUGCACUUGACUGCGAAGCCAUGGUCUCCUUAGUAAUAAGAUCACCAUGUCUUCAAACGGAACAUCAUGUGCACAUGUGAAGUUGAUGUAACAUCCUCUUAUAUAUAUAAUAUGUACUUCGUGUGCAUAAAGCAGUGCGAAAAUCAUUGAGAGUAGUAGUUAUCUGUUAAGCUAUCAUAUUGGGACUAUCUUUAUAUUAAGACUUCUUAAAUUA